AGCUGGAGAGAUAGAUUUCCCUCUCUUGUUCUCUCUCUCUCUCUCUCUCUCUGCCCCGCCCUCCCUCCAUCUCUCUCUCUCUCUCUCUCUUUUUAUUGCACUCCCUUGAUGUUAAACAGGAUGUCUCUAUGGAUACAGGCGUAAACAGAAGAUAACAAGCCUUCGGCCUUUAAAGCACGUUUUCUGUUGUGGGGGGACGCAGGCUAGGCGAGGCAGGCAGACCCAGCGCACACGGCUCUGCAGAGCUGCAGAAAACGAUAAAUAUAUUUGCCAGGAUUUGUCAGGAUGGCGGAAAGUGCGGACACAGAGCAGCUCCUGGACUCCUUUAAGAAGUUUGCUAUCCACGGAGACACCAAGGCCUCCGGGAAGGAGAUGAACGGGAAGAACUGGGCCAAGCUCUGCAAAGACUGCAAGGUCAUCGACGGGAAGAACGUCACCGGCACCGACGUGGACAUCGUCUUCACCAAAGUCAAAGCAAAGACGUCCCGGGUCAUCACGUACGAGGAGUUCCAGAAGGCUCUGGAGGAGCUGGCAUCAAAGAGGUUCAAAGGCCAGAGCAAGGAGGAAGCCCUGCAGUCCAUCUACAAGCUGAUCGAGGGCAAGGAGCCUGCCAACAUGGGCGUGACGAAAGUAGCCAAGACUGCUGCUGUGGACAGACUGACGGACACGACCAAGUACACGGGCUCCCACAAGGAGCGCUUCGACGAGAGCGGCAAGGGCAGGGGUAAGGGCGGCCGGGAGGAGCUGGUGGAGAACACCGGCUACGUGGGCGCGUACAAGGAGGCCGGCACGUACGACGAGAAGACCAAGGCCAAGUAACACUCCACGAAGUCCAGCCCGCAGAGUACUGAGGUGCACUGCUCACUCCCCCGAAGUACAGCCCGGCUCCUUACCCCAGGGCUGGCGUCCGUGCGGAACGGGACUCCGGGGAAAAGCUACCUUCUGACCCAUGCCAGGAGUCCGGCUGACGGGUUUCUCUGUAUUAAUCACAACCAUUUCUUAACCAAUUAGGAACGCCUAAAAAGAACAAGCAGCAUCUGAUAGGACACCGGAGUCAUUCCGCUAAUAAUGGCCACAGUUGCUUUCUUGCUAUAAAGGUUAAAUAUAAUUAUUAAUGCAAGGACUAUACCUCAUUUAUUCACAUUAUGUAAAGUUCACUCUCAUUGUUUCAGACAUUAAUUGUAACUGGAAGUUAAGUUAAUCAGUACAUUUGAGUUCAGGAGGUGUAUAAAUAGCAUAAAUUUGUAAAAUUGAAAUAGUUAUCAUUCCCUGAACAUUCCCUGAAUAGUGUAACCAGCCAUGCAACAGACACCUUCAGGGACCUCUCCUUGAUUUAGUUCCCAUUAUGAAUGAUGUAAUUCUACAUUCAUAAGUUUACAAACUCAAAUAUAUAUCAGAAGAUGAAAAUAUUCUUGUUUCGCUCUCUGGAAUGUUCUGUUGGUCUCAUUUACAUUUCAGAAUUGUUGCAUAUUUCAGUUUUGUAUUUUCUCUUAAUUUGCAUUGUAGUGGUGAUUAAGCUAAAAAUUUAACUGGACUAAAAUGUAUUUACACUGAAAUUGCUGAAGUAAUAAAGCAGUAUUAAACCUAUUAAAAAUAA